AGAAAUGAGAAAAGAACAAAAUAAAGUUCGUUUGAAGCUGGAGGCGGUUUGAAUCAACUUGAGUUGAAAGCCAAGAAGAUACACAGAUACUCCUCCUCCUAUAGAAGUGUCGUCUCGAUCUCUUCCUUCCCUCCUCGGAUUCCUCUCCCUUCCCUCUCUCUCUUCAUUCUCAAUCUCUUAUACAUCCCUCCCCCUCCCUCUCCAUUCUCAGUUCCGCCAUGUCUUUUCCUUCACUCCUCCCUCUUCUCAUCUCUCUCCUCCUCCUCCUCUUCUUCUUCCCGCCCACCAUUGCCACCGCCACUCUUCGCUUCAAACAGGCCCCUCGCUUCUACAACUCUCCCUCCUGCCCCGCCUCCGAAGACGACGAUGCCGCUGUCCACGUCGCCAUGACCCUCGACCUCUCCUACCUUCGAGGUUCCAUGGCCGCUAUCUUCUCCGUACUCCAACACUCCUCCUGCCCUGACAACAUCGUAUUCCAUUUCAUCACCGCCGGCUCCAAGCCUUCCUCCUCCUCCAUCCUCAACCACACCCUCUCCACUUCCUUCCCUUACCUCCGUUUCGGAAUCUACCCUUUUCAUGAUACCUUCGUCUCAGGCCUCAUCUCCUCCUCCAUACGCUCAGCAUUGGACUGCCCUCUCAACUACGCCCGCAACUACCUCGCCAACCUCCUCCCUCCGUCCGUCCGCAAAGUCGUCUACCUCGACUCCGACUUGGUCCUCGUCGACGACAUCGCCAAGCUCGCCGCAACGCCGCUCGGCUCCCAUUCGGUCCUCGCCGCGCCGGAAUACUGCAACGCCAAUUUCACCUAUUACUUCACGCCGUCUUUCUGGUCGAACCCGUCUCUGUCGCUCACAUUUGCGGGUCGGAGGGCUUGUUAUUUUAACACGGGCGUGAUGGUGAUCGAUCUGAAGCGAUGGCGGGAGGGGGAUUACACGAGGAAGAUUGAGGAGUGGAUGGAGCUGCAGAAGAGAAUGCGGAUCUACGAGCUGGGAUCACUGCCGCCGUUCUUGCUGGUUUUCGCGGGAAACAUAGCUCCGGUGGAUCACAGGUGGAACCAGCACGGCCUGGGAGGAGACAACUUCCGGGGACUUUGCCGGGAGCUGCACCCGGGCCCGGCGAGCCUCUUGCAUUGGAGCGGGAAGGGAAAGCCCUGGGCCCGAUUGGACGCAAACAGGCCCUGCCCACUGGAUGCGUUAUGGGCUCCUUAUGAUCUCCUCGAUACGCCAUUCUCUUUGGAAGCCUAGAGUCGCCUCGUCCGACGCCUACCCAGAUUCAUAUUUGUUUAAUUCUGUUUUUCAUAAAUGCAAUUACCUUUUUCCUACAGCAGAGGUGGCGCCACAGUCACUCAGGCUUUCUAUGGAUCACGGUGAGAUGCUCAUCAGUACUCAAAUAUAAGAACACUUUCUAGUGUAAUUUAGACUACAAAAUGAGUUUUAUACCGGAGAAGUAUUAUUUUUUGGGAUGUACAGUGAGGUACAUAUUCUGCUAGUAUUCAUUUUUUUGUUGUUGGUUGGGAUCUAGUUAAGUGUAUGACUGUUAUAGAUGGAAUAAAUCAGGCACAUGGAGGCACAUAUUUUU